AGCAACGGGCUAAAGUGACGGAGCCGCGCGGAACAUGUGUGUCUGCUGCAUCUCUGUGAUUUAUUAAGAGUUUAGUUUGUUAACUGGCUGCGAGGUAAUGGCACGGAUAAGCUAACGAGUGGCUUCUCACGCGCAGUUACACGUUCUCGCUAACGUUUCUGAUCUUUUUUUCCUUCGUUUGAUCUGCGCUACGGAGGGAGGGAGCGUCAGCUAGCGUCAGCUAACGAAACGAGCUAAUAAUAAUAUAUAUAUUUAUAUAUAAAAAAUGGCCACUCUUUCUAUUCCUGCAUGCACCAGCGCGCUGCUGCUGGAUAUUGAAGGGACCACCACGCCGAUCACGUUUGUAAAGGACAUCUUAUUUCCAUACAUCAAGGAGCAUCUGGAGGAGUAUUUGUCUUCUCACUGGGAGGAAGACGAGUGCAAACAAGACGUUCAUCUCCUGAAGAAGCAGAUCGAGGAGGACAUGAGGCAGAACCGGUCGUGUCCCGUCCACGCCGUGGACCAGACGGUCCACACGGACGAGGAGAAGGCCAUCAGGGAGGUGGUGGACAACGUGCUGUGGCAGAUGGCGGCGGACAGGAAGUCCACGGCGCUCAAACAGCUGCAGGGACACAUGUGGAGGGCGGCGUAUUCCUCAGGGAGAAUCAAAGGCGAGGUUUAUCAGGACGUGGUUCCGUCCAUCAGGACGUGGAGAGGACAAGGACUGAAGGUUUACAUCUACUCCUCUGGAAGCGUCGAGGCUCAGAAGCUUCUGUUCGGAUACUCGGUGGAAGGAGACGUUUUAGAAUUAUUUGACGGACACUUUGACACAAACAUAGGAGCUAAAGUCGACUGUAAAAGCUACGAGCGGAUCGCGGAGAGGAUCGGAUGUCGGCCCGAGGAAGUCACGUUCCUGACGGACGUCACUCGAGAGGCUAAAGCAGCAGAAGAGGCCGGGAUGAACGUGGUGCUGGUGGUGAGGCCUGGAAACAUGGAGCUGACGGACGAGGAACGGUCUCACUACAACCUCAUUACCUCCUUUAACCAGCUGCAGCUGGCGGGACGAGCUUAACGCAGAGCAGGAUGGAGGCAGAGACAACUCCUCUGGCUUCACUCCACCUCCUCCUUCCUCCUCCUCCACCUCCUCCUCUUCCUCCUCCUCCUUCGUUUUUUUAUUUUUAUUUUAUUUUACAGCUGAAGUUGUAGACCAUUCAGCUGGGACUAGCCUCCAGUGGAGCUACUAAAUAUUAAUAAUAUUAAUAAUAAUAAUAAUAAUAAUACUAAUAAAAAGCGAUCCAGUUGUUUCCGGAUGCCUUUCACACGUACGGAUCAUCACUGUCAUCAUCGGACCCACCGACCGACCGGGAGCUGGAAAACGAAAGCACGAAGCUGCACACGACGUGAGAUUUUUACCUUUUAGACGAGUGUUCGACUGCCACUUUCCGACAUGUACGUACGCACGCGUGUGUUUGUUCGUCUCCCACUUCGUAAAUGUCCCGUUUUCUCCCUCCUCCACUCGCAGACGUGUGAAGUUAAUGUUAAGUGUCAUGUUUUAGAAGGUAGAGCAACAAUAUAAGGUGAACUCAAGAUGGGAAGAAUUCAACACAACCUGCGUAACUCCAGCCCUUUUUAAGAUGAUUCCUUCCAGUAAAAACCCUCAUUUUUAGCAUCAACGUGUUCAGAACGAGCUGAUUAUUAUUGGAGGAGUUAAUGGUGAAAACAUCAAGUCUCCAAAACGACGUUUAGCUAAAACGUACGUUUCACUUAUGAGUGUUAAUUAGAUGGAAACGCACGGUUUGUCCAGUCAGACGUCUUAAUCCACCGCAGGUAAACACUGUCUAUUUAAAUGUGCCAUCACUGUUGUCCGUCUGUAUCGUGGGUCUUGGAAAGAAAAAAACAAAAACAAAACAAAAAACAAAAAAAUACUAAACAUUGCCAAACUGAUGAUUUUAUGUGUGGAACAAUUAGUUGGUAUCAUUUAGAAAAAUUCCAAUAAAUGCCUUGUCUCACACUGA